CGGCCGCCCCCGCCUGCCCGGCUGGCCAUAAAGGCUCCGCGAGCGCGCCACUCAGCCAGCCAGCCGGAGAGCGAGCGAAGCGCAGGCGGGCAGCCCCACGGACGGCUCGAGGCGAGGCGAGGCGAUGAGGGCGCGCGGCGAGGGCUCCCCGCUGCUCCUGCUGCUGCUGCUGGCGGGCUUACACACCUUUCCAGCUGUUCAGAGCACAACUGUGAUCCCUUUGUGUGGCUCAAACGAAACGGACUCCUGCACCACCGCUCUGGUCCAAACAGGCAGUAGCCCUCGUGUCGCUCAAGUUGGGAUCACUCGAUGCAGGUCCGAAAUGCAAAACUUCUGCUUCAAUGGCCACUGCAUGUACCUUGUGGAAUUGGAUCAGCAUUACUGCAGGUGUGACAUGGGCUACUCCGGUGUCCGAUGUGGCCUUUCAAAUUUAGACCUUCUCAAACAGCCCUUGAGCAAGGAUUACAUCGUACUUGCUGUCCUAUUGAGUCUGUUUUUUUUAACUGCAGCUUCCGUUGCAAUCUACUACUUCUACAGAUGGUACCAGGAAAAAAAUGGGAGAUUUUCUUCGAACAGAGACUACAAAGAAGUCGCAAGAGAGACUGAAAAAGACGGGAAGCUGCUUCACGUGUGAAUGGGAGGAUUCCAGAAAUAUUAUUUAAUAUUAAACACUUAUUUUAUUAAUAUUAUUUAUAUUCAAAACAAAGCAAUUUCAAAGUGAUGCUGAUCAGAAUAUAUAUACAUACACACAAGUCUAAAGGUUAUUUUUAUAAACAAUUUUAAUAUUUUUA